AUGAGGAAAGUGCUGGCAUGCGAGAAGUGCCGUACAAGCAAAAUCAAAUGUCGGCACCAAGGAUCAGCGCCAUGUGAUGCGUGCAGAGGUAAGUCAUAUGGAAACUUAUGCAUCUUGAGUCUCCCCGUGAUAAAAAAAAUCCCAAAAUCAAUUAUUCCUGUACUGCCUGAAUCUUCAGGCUUUAAGGAUUCCGAAGUGUGCAGCCCCCUAAGCACUCUUUCAAAUUUACCCUUAAGCUUGAAUGCCGACUUUUUGCAUCGCAGUCCCCGAAGUUCUUCAGAACCUAAUUAUACAAGAGCACGCCGCACUUCUUCAGAAGUCAAUAACACAAGAAAACGCCGCAGUCAUAGAGUCAGAAAGCCUGAAACGCAUGUGGGCUCCGACAGCGAAAAGGAGCGCUCUGUCUACGAAUCAUUUUCGCGUACAUCGCCCGUGAAUCAUGUUGGUCCCACUCCUAUAAACUUGUUAUUGUCCAGAAAUCUUCCGAGCGAUCCAGAAAUGUUAUCUCACCCUGAAAGAUCAGAAACAAUGAGCGAGGUUAUAUCCCAAAUUCCAGAAGCUAUCUUGCGAUUAGUUAUCACGCAAACCUCGGGCAGUUUUCCGGAGCUUGCAUUCUUACACAUGCCAUCGCUUCUACAUGACGUUAAAAAAUCGGACCCGCUGAUUACUGGCGCACUCCUAGACCUUUUUACUUCUUUCAAUCGAAAAUAUGAUCAUGGCCCUUACCGCGAAUGGCUAGGGCCCGGAUCUCGUUAUGUUAAAGAAAAGCUUUACGGGAAAAUCGUCAUCCGUGAAGCAAUUUCUCCAAAGUUUCUUCUCUACAGACCUUCGAUAGAAGUUGUUCAAGCUUUGAUAAUAUUAGCGCUUUCUUAUUGGGGUAAAGGCGACUAUUUUAUGUGUUGGAUGCUUCAUGGAAAUGCCUCGAGAAUGUUGCAAGCCUUUGGAUUCUGCUUUCCUCCCUCCGGUACUUAUAAUGAGGACGCAUCAUAUGUUCCAGAUUGGACUAUCUCCAAUUUGGGAGAACUUGACUCUGAAAGGCUAAAUAGAACAUACUGGUCUUGCUUUAUGAUUGAUAGAAUCACGGCAUUUGGAAAUAAUAGGUCUUUUGCAUUUUCGAAGUCGAGAUACGAGAAGGUGCCUCUGCCUCAUGAUAUGCGGACAUUCACUCUCAUGACCAAUUCAACCUGUGCGCAGCCAGUCGCGGACCUUAUAACUACCAAACUUUACAAUAACCAGCUUGGAAAUCAUAUCCCCCGCCGAAAUAUUGGUGAGCACGCCAUUUACAUCAAAAUAUUCUCCAUCUGGGGGGAAAUCAACGAAUAUCUAAUGCAAGGGGGUAGGUAUACUCAAACGCUACCUCCUUGGGAUGAUAAUUCUCUUGUUUACAAGAUACGUGGUGAACUAAAGAAGUGGUGGGAAUUAUUGCCUAUCCAUUGGCGCUGGACGACUGAAAGAUUAACCUUACAUCGAACUAUGGGGACAGACACAAUCUUUUCCAUGAGUAAUUGCUUAUACCAUUUAUGCAUAACCUACAUAAAUAGGGAGCAUUUGCCAUUUCUGCCGCAUUCUAUUCAGUGUCCCUCGGGCCCCACAGAAGAGCCUUUGUUAUCUGACCCAUUAGACAAAGACUACUGGAAAACGAGUGCUACCGAAUGCUUUCAAAGCACGAGAUCGAUGUGCAUAAUACUUAAUACACUGAUUGAAACUGAAAACAAGGAAGGACUGGAAGGUUGCUUCAAUUCUAGAACAACUAACGUUUUCUAUUGCUUCUGUGCAUUUGUUGCCAGUAUAGAAUCCAUGUAUGGUACGAAAUUUCACUGGAUGAAUCCAACUAGAAACUCAAAUACACUCAGUCUAGAGACUUGUUAUUUACAAAUGUUCAACUUCUUAAAGGCGAAGCAAGAUACAGUGAAGAUAGCUCAAAACUGGCUAGAAAUUGCUAAUAGGGUGAUGGAAUUGUAUGAGUUCGUUGCAAAAAAUAGAGAACAGGCAGCAGAAUUAAACUUGGGCAGAAACAACCUCAGACAGCUAGUGGAUUUGAUCCAAUUGGUGAAUACUGGAAUAACACGUGAGAGUAUUGAUCACGGUAUACAACUUGAGAACACUUCUGCGAGAAGAGAACUUGACAAUCAUAUUGGGGACUUCUCGGGAUUUAACAUUGAGGACCUCAAUUUCUUUUUAAAUGAGGAUGUAAACAUUUUGCAGCAAUUCACUUUGUAG